CGACGAUAUACCGAACCCCAGCUUGGCUGACCGGCGACGGCGAGCGAACGAUCCAGAAGCCACCCCCACCCACCCAUCGGCGCGAGGAAAUCGGAGCAGGAGAGGAGGAAGAAGCCGAGGCGCGAGGCAGAAGGGGGACGAUGGGGAAGACGCCGGUGCGGAUGAAGGCGGUGGUGUACGCGCUGUCGCCGUUCCAGCAGAAGGUGAUGCCGGGGCUGUGGAAGGACAUCACCACCAAGAUCCACCACAAGGUCUCCGAGAACUGGAUCUCCGCCACGCUCCUCCUCACCCCCGUCAUCGGCACCUACGAGUAUGCAAUGUACUACAAGGAGCAGGAGAAGCUAUCCCACAGAUACUGAGCCUGAGGUCCGCCAUGGUGUUCUAUAAUUUUCCAAGAAUGAUUGAACAUUUUGGGAUCAGUUCUAGCUGUACUCAUUUUCAUCUUUCCAAAUUUCAUGCAUAUACACUGUGUGCCUUGUUGCGCAAACUUAUUUUGAGGCUUGCUACAUAUGGUGGCAUCAUCUGUUGCUAAAGUAAUUGUUAAAUAAAACAACUUAACUGGCUGUUUCA